AUGGACGGCAUGCACAUGUAUGGCCGGGGUCCGGCGUUUCCAUUCAAGGGAAACGUUUAUCCCCAGCCUAAUAUGUAUGCUGUUAACCCGAAUCCUCAUCACCAUCUCAUGAUGCAUCCUAAUGCCUCAAUGCCAUCGCAACUUCAUCCUCAUGCCCAGGCCAUUGAUAGCUUUAACUACGGUUCGGUUAGACAACCACCGGUUCUAAAUGAACCUGGUGCUACCGCAUCUAGUUAUGAUAAAGAUUCUUCAUCGCAUCUACGCCAAGGUGGACCUAUGCCUUCUUGGAAUGUUUCUGAUGGUAUGGCGGAUAAAUAUUACUCAAAUAUACCUUCUGGAGCUUAUAGGCCCUUCGACUCUGAGGGUGAUUUUGAAAAGAAUUAUACGCCACAGGGCCCUAUAGAUCAACCUUUACCUCAGGGUAAUUGGGACAAUUCGGCAUCGAAUCAGUAUGCAGGUGGAAGGUUAGCAAUAUUUCUUGAGAAUGCGAAUUGUGCCUAUGAAUUAGUAGAAUCGGAUUUGAGGGAGUUAUUUUCUUAUUAUUCGGGUGUCCAUUGCCUAGCAAUAUCACCAGAUUAUCCUGCUGCAGAGUUAGUUGUAACGGACCCUAACACAUGUAACGUGGCAGCAGCGGAAUUAAAUGGUUUGGUCCUCCAUGGUGUAGGGACCUUGCGCUGCGUUGUUAUGAAGCCAGGCCAAACAUUGCAAUCAUUGUUGUCCUCUGCGAAUAUGUAUGCAUAUCAGAAUGCUAGAGCUCCUUCAAACCCUGCGGAUACACAGAAUUUUAACGCAGAUACACGCCAAUUUGGAGCACCUCCCAGCAACACUCCCAUGGGAAAUCCACCUCCUAGCGUCCCAGCUGUCAAGACAAACGGUAGACAUAUAACUUACAAUAAUGUUGAUCAUGUCCCCGGGAUAACAAGCAACCCCAAUACUAGGCGUUUAUGUCGUUUUGAGUUGGUUGAGUUGUUUUCAUACGAACCGGAUUUUGAUGUUACUAGCUGUAUUCUUGGACCGAACAAUAGUAAUAUUGAGUAUAUCAUGAGAAAUUCAAAUAAUAAAGUAGAUUUAACUAUAAAGGGAAAGCCGCUAAAUUCUGCAAAGGUAGUUGAUAGACUGCAUUUAUCGGUAUCGUCCAGUGAUUUUGUAUCGUAUAAUCAAGCUAUAUCUAUGGUUGAGGAUAUGCUUUCAUCUGUUUGUGAAAAGUAUGUUGCGUAUGUCAAAGAACGAGGCAAAAUUGUCUCAAAUUUGGUUGGAUUUAAAAGGCAUGAAUAUGAGGAAGAUAAGAAUGGCAACCUAGAUUAUAAGGGGGUCGUAGAAAAGCCAAAAACAUGGCUAGACAGCCACAAUUCAAGGCGUCAAGGAUCGUCUUUUAGUAAGCCCGGUGCAUAUGGUAGCCGUGUUUCCGGUCCUCCCAAAAAAUUCCACGAUCGUGGUCGUCCUGCGCCCGCUGUUCGUCCAAAUCCUCGUGCAGUUAACCCACGUAGUAGAAGUAUACGUAAAUAA